AUGCUCUCCAAGGUUCCUACCAUCUCCCGUGCCCGGUACCAGCCGCUCUCCUGUUCAAGGUUCCUACCAUCUCCCGUACCCGGUACCAGACGCUCUUCAAGGUUCCUACCAUCUCCCGUUCCCGGUACCAGACGCUCUCCAAGGUUCCUAUCAUCUCCCGUUCCCGGUACCAGCCGCUCUCCUGUUCAAGGUUCCUACCAUCUCCCGUUCCCGGUACCAGACGCUCUUCAAGGUUCCUACCAUCUCCCGUACCCGGUACCAGACGCUGUCCAAGGUUCCUACCAUCUCCCGUUCCCGGUACCAGACGCUCUCCAAGGUUCCUACCAUCUCCCGUGCCCGGUACCAGCCGCUCUCCUGUUCAAGGUUCCUACCAUCUCCCGUACCCGGUACCAGACGCUGUCCAAGGUUCCUACCAUCUCCCGUUCCCGGUACCAGACGCUCUCCAAGGUUCCUAUCAUCUCCCGUUCCCGGUACCCGCCGCUCUCCUGUCCAAGGUUCCUACCAUCUCCCGUUCCCGGUACCAGACGCUCUCCAAGGUUCCUACCAUCUCCCGUACCCGGUACCAGACGCUCUCCUGUACAGGGUUCCUACCAUCUCCCGUUCCCGGUACCAGCCGCUCUCCAAGGUUCCUAUCAUCUCCCGUUCCCGGUACCAGCCGCUCUCCAAGGUUCCUAUCAUCUCCCGUUCCCGGUACCAGCCGCUCUCCAAGGUUCCUAUCAUCUCCCGUUCCCGGUACCAGCCGCUCUCCAAGGUUCCUACCAUCUCCCGUACCCGGUACCAGCCACUCUCCAAGGUUCCUACCAUCUCCCGUACCCGGUACCAGCCGCUCUCCUGUACAGGGUUCCUACCAUCUCCCGUUCCCGGUACCAGCCGCUCUCCAAGGUUCCUAUCAUCUCCCGUUCCCGGUACCAGCGCUCUCCAAGGUUCCUAUCAUCUCCCGUUCCCGGUACCAGACGCUCUCCUGUACAGGGUUCCUAUCAUCUCCCGUUCCCGGUACCAGACGCUCUCCAAGGUUCCUGCCAUCUCCCGUACACUGUACCAGACGCUCUCCUGUACAGGGUUCCUAUCAUCUACCGUUCCCGGUACCAGCCGCUCUCCAAGGUUCCUACCAUCUCCCGUUCCCGGUACCAGCCGCUCUCCAAGGUUCCUGCCAUAUCCCGUACACUGUACCAGACGCUCUCCUGUACAGGGUUCCUAUCAUCUCCCGUUCCCGGUACCAGCCGCUCUCCAAGGUUCCCACCAUCUCCCGUUCCCGGUACCAGCCGCUCUCCUGUUCAAUGUUCCUACCAUCUCCCAGCAGAUUCUCCAGUUUAA